AUGCGAAGAUCAAGGAUCAGUAUUAAGCCUAAUGUCAGGCCAGGGGGUCGAAGUGUGGCCCCUACAGAAGCGAGCACGGGUUCUCAAGAGCCAACAGCUGUUCACAACACCCAACAAGCACAAAUAGGUGAAGAAAUAGACAGACCAUCAACUGCUCCAAAGUCUCGGCUGGAAGUGAUAGAGCCUGCUGUGGCAACAGAAGAUAGGAAUGUUCCCAGCUCUCCGUCAGAGAAAGCAUCAGUUAACACUAGCGAUGGAGUGCCCUCUAGUGUCAGCUUACCUGCAACUACAGCACUUCAGAGGAGGAGCAGGAUCUCAGCCACACCAAACCUUGCCAGACCCAAAAUCCAUUCUGUUGUUCCUCUAUCCACCGGAAAGACUGCUUCCCUUCCAUCAGUGCCAUCCAAGUCUCUCCCUGAGGCCUCCGUCCCAGUUUCUACCAGCAGAGAUGAUUCUCCAAACACUACAUUCUCAGAUCCAAUCAAUUCACAAACCACAGCAACAGCUCACUGCUCCCCAUCUUCACCAAGUCUUCCAUCCACUUCUGGUUUCCAUGAGCCCUCUAUCCGUACAAAAUCAGUGCCAGAAUCUCCAUUUACACAGUCUCAACAAGAGACUCCCAAACAAAUCAAAACCAAGAAUUCUGUGCCCCAAGAAGGUGCCACUCCAGUCUUGCCAUAUGUGAAGCUGGCACGUUUUGAUGGACCAGGCUCCCCCCUGAAGAACUCUGAAAUGACCUCAGACAAGCAGCGGGUCUUGAAAGCCCUCAAACUGAAAGAACUCAUGAAGCUGGAGAGGAGGAAAGAAAGAAUGGUCGGGAAAAAGAGGCAAAAGCAUGAGCAUAGCGAUGAGGUGGAUCUUACAAAAAUGACCAUAGCUGACUUCAUUUAUUACCUACCACAGUCAAACCCUUUGAGGUCCUCCCUUUCCACGGAGGAGCUUCAAGAAAAGACAAUUGUUCCACCCUCACCCAAGGUGCUGGAAAAGAUGGCAGAAACCGAUGAGGAAGAUGAUUAUGCUGAAGAAGAGAUGCUGGUUCCUAAAGUCAAAGUGGCAGAGGAUGGCUCACUCAUUCUAGAUGACAACAGUUUGACAGUGCGUGUUCAGAGAACAUCUGAUACAGUUGUAGAGAAUGCAAAACCACUAUUUGAGCAAGGCAAUUCUACAACAUACUCAAGUUUCAGAAAAAAAUGCUGUGUGAAGAACUGGUCUGUCAGAGAGACAGAUAUGUUCUAUCUUGCCAUCAGUAUGGUGGGAACAGACUUCUCCUUGAUUGCUCAGCUAUUGCCUCACCGUAGCAGAGCAGAAAUAAAGAGAAAAUUUAGGAGGGAGGAUAAAACUAAUUCAUGGCGAGUGGAUCAAGCAUUCAGAAAAAAGCGACCCUAUGACCAGGAGUUUUUCAGUUUCCUGCUGAAGAGGGUUUUGGCCAAGGACAAAGAAAGAGGCCAAUCUAUAAAACUGGUCAUAAAAAAGGAAAAGAAAGGAAAAGGAAGAAACAAAGACAAAGAUCUUGAGGAUGAAGACAUAAUUGAUGAUAAUAAUGGUGACGAUGAUUUGUACUUUGAGGAAAGUGGUUCUCUUGAUUUAGAAAAGGAGAAUGAGGACAGCAGUAAUGUGAAGGUAGCUGAUGCACCAUUAAAAACCAGCAAAAAGCGAAAACGCACAAGAGAGCCAGAAGUGUCAUUGUGCGGAAAAACACGCAAGCCAAGGAAGAAUAACAAGAAAUCCAAAAAAGGCGAAUGCUUGGUUGAAGAAAGUGAGCUUUUAAAUGUGGGGGAUGAUAUAUUGGAGGGAGACUCUGUGAAUGCUGAGAAUAAAGAUACACCGUGUACGUCCAUACCAGCAAAGAAACGCAAACGUUCAAAAAAGGGUGACAAGAAGAGGCAAGAAGAGGAGCCACAAGACAAAUGCAAGACAAAGAAGAAAAAGGCACUUAAAGUUCCUACUGAUGUUGAUAGAGAACCUACUCAAGAUGAUGGAGAAGGUGAUGAGAUCAGUGAGGAGCACACAUCUGAUGUCUCAAUCAAGAAGCGCAAACGCUGCAAAAAGUUGAAGGAAAAACAUGAACCCACAAAAGGAAAACUAAAAACUAAAAAGACCAAAAUGUCUAAUGAAGACAGUGUUGAAGUUGAGUUGGUUGCUAAAAGUAGUGAAGUCUCAACAGCGUGUCCCGGUGGUGAAGAGGAUCAGGGGGAGAAGCUCAUUCAAAAGACAGCAGCUCAGGUGGAGAUCCCACACAACUCUUCAAAAAUUUUGAAGAAGCCCAAUUUGGCCACAAGAAAAUCCAAAAAGUGCUCUGAGGCAACAAUGGAGGUUGAAGACACGACACAAGAGACUCAAGAUGAAAACUGCAAAGAGGCUGAGAUUGAGUACAGAAUCGGCAGUCUUGCUGAUAAACCGCUCCACAAACAGGCAGUUGUUGUUCUUGAAAGAACACCUCCAAGGCUAAAAAAUGCAGAAAGCUCAUCCCAAGGAAAAGACCAGCCACAUUCCCCACAGAAUCUGCAAGCUUCUCCUGAACGGCAGAAGAGAGCAGAAAAGGUCAAACGUAAUCUGAAUGCUUCAGAAAGUAAGAUCAAGGAGAAAGGAAAAAUGGACGAGCAUCAGGAUGGGUCGGGGUCAGAUACAUCACCAGAAGAAAUGAGUAACACUGCCAUGCAUUAUCAGGUGGCCAUCCAAAAAUGUGAAGAGAUGGAGGCAGAUCACAGUCGGACACUCCUGAAAAAGCUGGUUGUGUUGGUGUCUCAUGAAGAAGUGGAACACUACCUCAGGGUCCAAUCUCAGCCUGAUGCAACAUCCGCUAAAGUUGACUCUGUGGAAGAACAAGCAGAUGGUCCUGAGGAGAAGGGCUCUUCCAGUGUUACUCUAAAGGAGAGGGACUCUCAAGAUCGAAAGGAGAAGGAUUCUGACAGUGCCUCAGUUCAAGAUCCAGAGGAGAAAGAUUCUGACAGUGCCUCAGUUCAAGAUCCAGAGGAGAAGGAUUCUGAAUGUGCCUCAGUUCAAGAUCCAGAGGAGAAGGAUUCUGACAGUGCCUCAGUUCAAGAUCCAGAGGAGAAGGAUUCUGAAUGUGCCUCAGUUCAAGAUCCAGAGGAGAAGGAUUCUGACAGUGCCUCAGUUCAAGAUCCAGAGAAGGAUUCUGAAUGUGCCUCAGUUCAAGAUCCAGAGGAGAAGGAUUCUGAAUGUGCCUCAGUUCAAGAUCCAGAGGAGAAGGAUUCUGACAGUGCCUCAGUUCAAGAUCCAGAGGAGAAGGAUUCUGAAUGUGCCUCAGUUCAAGAUCCAGAGGAGAAGGAUUCUGAAUGUGCCUCAGUUCAAGAUCCAGAGGAGAAGGAUUCUGACAGUGCCUCAGUUCAAGAUCCAGAGGAGAAGGAUUCUGACAGUGCCUCAGUUCAAGAUCCAGAGGAGAAGGAUUCUGACAGUGCCUCAGUUCAAGAGCCAGAGGAGAAGGAUUCUGAAUGUGCCUCAGUUCAAGAUCCAGAGGAGAAGGAUUCUGACAGUGCCUCAGUUCAAGAUCCAGAGGAGAAGGAUUCUGACAGUGCCUCAGUUCAAGAUCCAGAGGAGAAGGAUUCUGAAUGUGCCUCAGUUCAAGAUCCAGAGGAGAAGGAUUCUGACAGUGCCUCAGUUCAAGAUCCAGAGGAGAAGGAUUCUGAAUGUGCCUCAGUUCAAGAUCCAGAGGAGAAGGAUUCUGACAGUGCCUCAGUUCAAGAUCCAGAGAAGGAUUCUGAAUGUGCCUCAGUUCAAGAUCCAGAGGAGAAGGAUUCUGAAUGUGCCUCAGUUCAAGAUCCAGAGGAGAAGGAUUCUGACAGUGCCUCAGUUCAAGAUCCAGAGGAGAAGGAUUCUGAAUGUGCCUCAGUUCAAGAUCCAGAGGAGAAGGAUUCUGAAUGUGCCUCAGUUCAAGAUCCAGAGGAGAAGGAUUCUGACAGUGCCUCAGUUCAAGAUCCAGAGGAGAAGGAUUCUGACAGUGCCUCAGUUCAAGAUCCAGAGGAGAAGGAUUCUGACAGUGCCUCAGUUCAAGAGCCAGAGGAGAAGGAUUCUGAAUGUGCCUCAGUUCAAGAUCCAGAGGAGAAGGAUUCUGACAGUGCCUCAGUUCAAGAUCCAGAGGAGAAGGAUUCUGAAUGUGCCUCAGUUCAAGAUCCAGAGGAGAAGGAUUCUGACAGUGCCUCAGUUCAAGAUCCAGAGGAGAAGGAUUCUGACAGUGCCUCAGUUUCUGACCAACAGUGUAAUGCCCAAAAUAAGAAUCCCCCGUCUUCCAAAUAUGACUCCAGUCAGCAGCAGUGUAGCAGUUCUGUGGAAGACAAAGUGAAGACUGCCCCAAAUGAAGACCUGGUGGAACAGCACAGGGAAAGUCCUGAGGAAAAAUAUAGUAUUACUCAAGAAGUGAACCGCUUUCAGGAUGUGAAGGAUAAUACCUCAACAGAUCUUUUCCCCUCCUUUCCAUCAGAUGAAGAAACUUCUCCAUGGGUAAGCAAGAAAUUCCAGGAGAUUUUAUCUUUCCUUGACGAGCCGCAAGUUCCCCCCACCACACCAUCAGACAAAGAUGCUAAUGAAAAAGAAACAAAGCCUGGAAGUUUUCUGACCUCUGAGAAUAAAGAUCAAAUAACUGAUCAAGAGGAAUCUAAAUCAGAACGUAAUGAGUCUGAGCUAGAGGAAACCUUGACUGAGGAACCUCAGAAAGAGUUGAAGAGGACUAUUCCUACCAGCUGUUCUGAGCAAUCUGCUGAUGAUGCCUCAGUUACUACUCAACAGUAUAUUGCCCCAGAAAGGCGGAGUUGGUUUUCUAAGCCCAAACCCAACCUGAGACGGGCAUCCAAGGUUAUGAUCAACCCUCAGCAGGCCAUAAAACCUAAUAAAGGUUCUACGAGUGAGACUGGAUGUCAGAACCCUGCUAAAGCCCAGCACUGUGACUUGGAUCUCAACAUAAAGACCGUCUCCAGAGAAGAUGAGCUUGUGUCGUCUGAUGUGAACUUGCAGGAGCACGAUGAGCAUCUCCUUUCUUCUGUCCCAUCAUUUAACCCAACAAAAACCUUAGGUCCAAAAGUUCCUGUGGACAACAGUGGUACAGGAAAUGAAGAACAAAUUGAUAACCAAACCAACAAAGAGCCUACCUUUAUUUUGACUCUGUAUGAGAUUCCUGCUUCUCAGCUGUUGCUUGAAGCUACCUCUGGGCCUCAGGACACUGACCUUUACGAAUUGGAGCCAGCAAAAGUCCAGACACCCCUUUGCUCUGGCAAUUCUCUGUCUCUUCCAUCCACAUUAGAGGCUUCCUGCUGUACAGUGCCACAGAUGAGGUCAGAAGAGAUUGAAAAACCAUAUAAAAGUGUUUCUCAGAAGGGGGAACAUGAUUCCCUAAUUCCUGUUGCAGCCAAUGCUGCGAAAGAUGAUAUUACACAGUCACAGGAAAGCAGCAGUCCACUAGAGAGUCAGGAGGUGCUCACCUCUAAUGAUGCCAUGAAGCCAACAGAUAUUACCAAUGUAUUGAAGUUAGAGCCAAGGCCAACAGAAUCCACAGCAGCAAAGCCUCCUCCUCAAAGGAGAAGCAAAAUAAAGGUUAGGCCAAUACUAAGGCCAUGCGUGAAGUUUGGGCCCUCAAACACAAACCAAUCUUACUGUGAGUCCAGUCAGCCAACCACAUCCAAAGUAAAUAUACCAACAUCACAUCAAGAAGUAGCACAACAACCUAAGAUGAUGGAGUCCAACCAGAAAACAUCUGACAAUCUGCAUGGUGGGAAUGAGGGUGUGUUGUUGAAUGCCACUGUGCCAGAUUCUGAAGAAGGGAGAGAUAAGAUUCACUGGAAAAAGGAAAGCCCUCCCAAAACUGGUCUCCAAAUGGGCGAGGAAUCCAUUGUUGGCUCUUCAGUGAGUCCAAGCCCAUUCUCUGCCGAAGCAGACCAUGUGGUAGAUACAGAAAAAAUUCCUGGUCAGCACAGUACUGUGAUCAAAGAUGUUGAAGAUAGUUGUGUGGGUGUUUCACACAUAGUGUUGGAUGAUUCCUUGGUUCUUGCCUUUGGAGAAAUGGAAGAUGCUGAUGAUGAUAUGGGGAUGGCAGGCUUUCAUGAGAGGAAGCUUCAAAAAUUUGAGGACAUCUCUGUAUGCCUUCCUGAAAGUAAAAGACUUCUCUCUGCAGAUGAUGAUCAAACGGAAGAAGUGACCGAUAUUUCGAAAAAGGUAGAUACUUGUGGAGAGGCAUCAGCUGUGACCCCAUCUGUAACUCAAGAGAUCAAAAUGCCCUUCAGAAGAAGCAAGUUGCAAGUGAAGCCUAAAUUAGCAAAGGCAAAAUCACAUAAUAAAGAUGGUUCCUCAAGAAAAGAGCAAUCUAAAAUUGAGCUUAUACAUCCAGCCACAUCUCCAAUCAUUUCACCAGUUCCUCAGCAAGUUAUUGAACCUCAGAUUAAAGAAAUGACUGAUAAAGUAGAACAGAGAUCUGAACAAGAUGAUUUAUGCGAUAUGGUGCCAACUGUGACUAAUGAAGUUGUGAAGGUGAAGCAACUGCUUAUACCAUUGACUUCUGCAAAAACAUCAAUAUGUGCUGAAUCACCACCUGUGGAAAAGAAAAGUGAGGAUUGGCAUAAGGAUGUGCCACACACAGUGUUGCCUGAUAUAUUCGUGCCGGUUUCUGAAGAUGAGGUUCAUAAGGAGAGUGGAAUUCCUCUUCAGUGUAGUUUCCAGUCAAGUGAAGACCCAUAUAUCUGUGCUGUAGAGAGCCAGCAGACUCUCAUUGCAGAGGAAGAUGAGGAGAUGGGUGAGGGAGUUUCACACAAGGUGUUGACUGAUAUUUUUAUCCCCGUCUCUGAGGAAAUUGGAGAUGAUUUGACCAAGGAAUGGACAACAACUGGAAGGAGAAGCCCUCAUAAAGCAGAAAGAUCCCAGCUGAAAAAGCAUCCAGACAUCUCAAACCUGCUAUGUGCGGAGUCAUCAAAUUUGAGCUCAUCUAAUUCGCCCAGAAGGAAUACGCCCAUGAGGAAAGGCAAGUUAAAGGUGAAAAUGAAAUUUCCCAAGACAAAGGAGUCCUCAAAGAGUGUCCAGCAAUCACUAACAUCUUUAUCGGUGCCUACAACUUCAAUGGUGAAACAGCAGGGGAUCAAUCUUACUCUAAAUUCCCUAGAAACAGAGCAUGUCUCACAAUCCAAAGUGGAAACAAAUUCAGAAGAUGGUAAAAGCUCAACCAAAGAUUUGACUCCUUUUGCCGGUAAAGACUUGCAGCCAUGGCAACAAAGCACACAUUGUAGUGUCAAGGAGACUUUAACAUGCCCUGACCCUGAGAAGACAUUUGAGGGUGUUUCUCACACAGCAUUUUAUGAUGUAAUUGAUGAGACUGCAGAAAGCUGCCUUCACAAAGAGGGCUUUUUGGUUGGUCUUCAAGACAGGAAGGAAAAACCAUCUCAAGAUGUAGUCAAAGUUAUAAAGCCAACAGAUAUUGAGAGGCCAUCAAAUACUGAAAGAGAGGAGUCAACUGCAAGUCGAUCUGUGUCGGUGGAGAGGAAAGCACCCUCCUGUAGAGGAGCUACACCUCAGCACUCCCUGGAACCUCAAGCUGAGGAAUGGUCUCUCAAAAGUGAUAUGCUGCCCAUGGACUCUGAUGAGAUUGAUAACUGGUGCGAAGGAGUUUCACACAUGUUGUUGUCUGAUGCCUUUGUGCCUGUGUCUGAAAUUGAGGAAGAGAACAGUUCAGAAAAAGCAUGUGUUGCAAGGAGCCCUAAAAAGGAUAAGGAAUAUGCUCUUAGUCCAUCAGAGACCAAGGAGACAUCCUCAGAGAAAACAAACGAAGUUCAUCAAUCAGGCAGUGUUUCUCAAAUGCCAAAAAUUGUUAUAAACUCAAGUGAGAGAUUGCUGGCAUCACAAGCAAUAAAUUCACCUGGGAGAGGUGCAUUCCAUAUGACACUAAGAUCACCACAAAGAACAUAUCCUAAAGAUCGACCUGAUCUGCUAAAGUCAACCCAAGCUGUCCCAACAACACCCCAGCUAGCCAAUGCAUCAGAUUUGAGGGAGUCUGUCCGAACUCCAACAAAGCAACAAACAGAAGAAAUCACUAAUGUAUGUAGAGUACAGCUAGAGAAGUUAUCUUCAGACGAAAUCUGCUUGAGGCAAAAUUACUUGCAACCAAGACAUCACAGCACACCUGUCAAUGUGAAAACAACUUCCAGAGGGAGUGUUGAGAUUCACAAGGCAUCUCUGCCUUUGCAUGGGAGCACAAGCACUGUCUUAGCAUCAUGUGCUGAUGAGGAGCCACCCAUGCCUUCAGGCAACUGGCCAAAGGUUGUCCUUAGUCGUAUUGAAAUAAAGGCUACUGAUGCAGACAUUUCCAUCCCUACUGCAUCUCCAGCUAGAGUGUCCACUACAGCCUCCCAAAAACUGUCUGAGCAUCAGUCUCCUCACAGCAGUCCUCUUAAUUCUGGUUUGGAAGGGGAGGAGGAGCCUGGUCAAGUGUCUCAGUUCUUCCUUGAUGACAUCUUCACUGAAGUUGAUCCUGAUUGAUUCUGAUUUCUGACCUUUUGGUUACAUUUUCACUGCUGCUAUCACAGUUCAUUGCACUUCAGUUUAAUAUGUAUAAGACUUAUGACACAUUUUGGAGAAUUGGAUGUAAUCUUGAUUACAUUUCUUUGCUUAAGUUUACAAUGGGAAAAACUACAAACACAGAUAAUGGGAAUAAUUGUUCUGGCCUUUGCUGUAAUAUUUUUGUUUGUAAUUAGAAAUCCAGUGACGAUGUGCAACCAUUUUUGAGUUUUAGCCAUGUCUUAUGUAUUUAUUUCUAUUUAUUUAAUGAUACACUUUUGCUUGUUAUCCAGUGUUGUUUUACUGACACUGGUUUGAGUUUAAAUAUCUUGUUUUGUUCAAAUCUAAAUGUAUUUGUUUUUAUGGGUGAUGUAUGUUACAUUUAAUUUUAUUGAACGUUUUCCCUGCGAGCAAAACCAUUUUCAUGGAAUAUAAUAAAACUUUUUUUUCUUUUCUUUUUUUUUUUAAGAACACUAAGGUUUUAGCAAGGGUCAGUUAUAUUGGCAAUUUGUCG